CUGAUACCAACUGUAACCAACCUCGACAGCAAAAAGAUUUCAGCAAUCGUUUCGUUCAAACAGACAUUUACUCUCAAACUACUGAAACAGAAUUUGAAACUCAACGUUUUAUUACCUUUUUUUUGUUGUAACAGAGAAAAUUCAAGUCCUCAAAUAAUUACAGAUGGUAGCAAUGGGAAGGGAUUUCUAUGCAAUUCUGGGGAUUAACAAAUCCGCCACUGAGGAUGAAAUCAAGAAAGCGUACAAGAAAUUAGCCAUGAAAUAUCAUCCUGAUAAAGCUAAGGAUGAAACGGCCAGGGCUAAGAACGAAGAAAAAUUCAAGGAAGUCUCAGAGGCGUACACAAUCCUGUCGGACAAAGAAAAACGAGAAAUCUAUGAUAAAUAUGGCGAAGAUGGACUGAGGCGCGGAGAAGGUGGACCUGCCGGCAACCCCUUUGGCAAUGGGCAUACUACCUUCACCUAUUCGAACAUCGACCCGCACGAAAUUUUCAACGGCGUGUUUGGACCGAAUUUCAAUAUUUUUGCAGACAGUUUUUUUGAGGACAUGGAUUGCUCUAAUGGUCAAAGUGGUGCUCAGUUUGGACAGCCAUUUGGAAUGGGAAUGGGUGGUAACUCGUUCUUCAGCAUGACCGGAGGACCUCAAGGGCAUCGUGGACACUCAUUAAAAAGGCAGAAACCUCCGGUUGAGUACGACCUGAAGUUGAAUUUGGAAGAGCUUUAUACUGGGUGCCACAAAAAAAUGAAAAUAACUCGACAGAGAAUAAGAGAUGGAACACGACGUAGCGAAAGCAAGGUUCUUGAAAUAAACAUUAAACCUGGUUGGAAAGCAGGAACUAAAAUAACUUUCUCAGGAGAUGGCGAUGAAGACGAGCACCACUCAGCUGGAGACGUUAUAUUCAAAGUGUGCGAAAAACCUCAUUCUGUUUUUGAACGUGUAGGAAACGAUUUGGUAUAUACACACAAACUGCCGUUGCGUGAUGCGCUUUGUGGUGGAUCGUUUUUCAUUCCAACAAUUGACGGAAGCCGCGUACAACUUCGCAUGGACGAUGAAGUUAUUUCUCAUAAAACUGUGCGGAGAAUCGGUAAUCAAGGAAUGCCUUUGUCAAAGACACCAAAUCAGCGAGGAGAUCUAAUUGUCAAAUUUGAUGUCAUUUUCCCCUCAAAACUUUCUUCAGCGGCAAAACAGCAAAUACAGAGAACCAUUCCAGGUUCUUAGAGUCUGCUUUUGUUGACUUCAAUUUAAUGACUGAAAUUUAAUUUACUUUUGUUGCUCUUAAGCAGUUUGUAAAGUGUAAUAAGUUAGUUAGAUCUGCUAAUUUGCAUCGAUAUGAUAUUGAAAUGAAAUUAUUUUUUA